GGUGACCAUAUAGUCGAGCGUUGCUCGCAAGCACAUUCUGAGAUAUCGACAUUUUUACAUCUGGGGCCGGUUGUAUAAAAAAGUGAUUAAAGUUCACUAUAGUUAGUGGAAACGUCAUCCAAUAAUAAGCGACUACAAAAUAGUGAUUAAAAAAGUGAUUAAGGGCCUUUUCAUAUGGGCAAAACUUAUCCCGGUUAACGAGACUCAGAGAACUUUUUGACUAGCCAAAUACUUUUGUUCUGUUCAUAUGGGGAAAUAUUAUCCCACUUACCGGGAAAAGUUUCCGGCUGUGACGUAGCACUGAACAUCAAUUGAAUUGAAAAGUUGCUGACACGACAAAAAGUUAUCCCGCUAAGCGGGAAAGUUGUGUUCAUAUGGGGAAAACAUUAUCCCGGUCACCGAGAUCUCGCCUGUCAACAAGCGAGAUCUCGGUAUGCACGGGAAAACUUUUCGUCUCAUAUGAACGCAAUGUAACUUUUCAUAUUAUUUUCGUAACAUGAUGAGAUCUCGCUCGUAAACUUGUCGAAAAGUUUUCUCGCUAACCGGGAUAACUUCUGCCCAUAUGAACAGGCCCUAACAGUUUUAUACAACCGGCCCCCGAAGGGCUUUCCCCGGAAUCCGCAGGGCCACAGGCUGAUUUAUAGUACACUUUGCCUAAUGUAACGGAGAUCAAUACCUGAACUGGAUUAUUGCAUUUGAUACUGUAGAAUAAUCUUAAAUGAAGUUUAUAAUGAUACUUACUUUAUAAUAAUCAGCAUAUAAUAGGUACAUUAUAGUCAUUGUACUGAUAUUAUUAUUUCUGUGAAUACUUCAGUUAAAUCUACAGCUCGGUGGCGUUAAAAUGUUUCGUAUGUUUGCAAAUUCAAACAAGUGAUGGAGAAAUUUCUUUUAGCCAAAUAAUUUGUUAGUAUUUAGUGAGUUAAGAAUUCCUAGACACACCCUCUAUUUCCGAUAGAGCAUUCUUUGCAAAUAUUAUGAACGACAAAUAUACAUAAAUAUUUUCAAUAUGUUGCGCCUAGAUAAUUCGACAGACACGGGCGUUUCUCGUGCGAAUUAAAUAUUCAACUCAGCAUGGCCAUAAAUUGUUUAAUUAAGAACUCGAUAUCAAUGUGAACCGGGCGUAUUACAAAAAUUACAAAACGUAUUACAAAAAUUAUUUUCAUAUAAUUGUAGGUUCGAAGUAACCUAAUGUUAGUUUCACUUGUUUCUGUAUUGUGUAAAAUUUUCAUGUUAGGCAAAACGUAAAUUUAUGUCACUGUGAAAAAGGAUUUAACUGUACAGCCAUACUGGUAUUGUUCUUGGCGUGAAUCGAAGUUUGCCAAUUGUUUUUAAAAAUACAUACAAUUUUGUGUAUGUUUUGCUUGUCGAGAGCAUAAAUACUUAAAGAAUAAAGUACAUAAAUUCGUACUUUAGCAUGCAAUUAAACAGCUGAAAUGUCUAUAGUUACUGUUGCCUACGCGACAACGCGUCACUAAAUUAUUAUAUAUUCGUUUGUGUGUUUUAAAUCGUAAAUUUGCUUAACUUGGAACCGGUAACUAAGAAACAACGAAUAUCUACAUAAAGAAUAGCAGUAGCAAAACUAAAAUUUGGAUGCGGAGUAUAAUGGUGCUGUCGAUAUAUUUUGUUAAUAAGUAUGUCAAAAAUGCCUUUAAAGCGUCUGGUUAGUUCUACACUCAACCUUGAGAGGUCUAUAUUAUACGGUUGAGUUGUGUAUGACCAAUUUUAGUUACAUAGGAAGUACGCUAAAUAAAUUUGUAUUGAUUGGAGAAGCUUCUGUCAUAAACUAUACGUCUGGCUACUACAAAAGUCGAAGGGUUCCCUCGAGUGAAGUUUGUCUUGGCCGAGGUCUUGGCGAGGUUUGGCGAGUCAAAGCAGGUUUGGGGUAAUUUAAAUUCUAACAAAGAGCAAUUUGAAGCAAUCUCAGAUUAAAAGCUAUACUGUCUUACUGAAGACCGUCGCUCCUGGCAUUUUUUUAUAAAAGACCUUUUGGAAUAUUAGAACUGCUAGUGGAAGCGUAGAAGAUUAUUUAAACUUUAAAGUAAUUUGAUAUCAAACGUACCGUGUUUGCGCUAAUAUUUAUACUUCGCGUACUGCUGUUAGCAAACUAAUAUUGUCAAUUUUAAUUGCGACAUUUGGACAUUAUUUGUCAGAAGGGUGUACCAAAAUUUGCCUUCGUAAAGUCACCGACAGAGAAUAUUUACAACUUUAAAAUAUCUUUGGAAUUUUUGGCACUCUCUAGCAAGCUCUCUUAGUUUGGUUACUUUGGCGACAGUUUAAAGCUCGUGAGAAACUGAAUAUUUAAAUACCACACCUGUCAGAUAUCGGUGUCCAACGGUAGAAACCUCGCGAAAGGUCUAAGGUAAGACUUUGAUUUAUAAAAACUGUCCUAUACUAAACAAACUAGAGCGAAAUGCCGUGUGCAAUUGACUACGAAUGCUCAAAAGAAAGCGAAGGGACUUUAUUACUUCCCAUACUCAACGAAAGCGAAUGGUCGAAAGCAGUUCGUAUCAUAUUCUAUUUCGUCGCGCUAAUAUGGUCGUUUACCGGUGUAGCGAUCGUCGCUGACGUAUUCAUGUGUGCGAUCGAAACGAUCACGAGCAAAAUUAAAAUCGUAAAAGUUGCUAAACCCGGCGCCGACAACGACUACGAGGAGGUGGAAGUCCGAGUCUGGAACGACACCGUCGCGAAUCUGACCCUAAUGGCGCUGGGGUCGUCCGCUCCGGAAAUCCUUCUAUCCAUUAUUGAAAUAGUCGGCGCGAAUUUCGAAGCUGGGAAACUUGGACCGAGCACCAUAGUCGGCUCAGCUGCUUUUAAUUUGCUGGUGAUAACCGGAGUUUGUGUCAUGGGUAUUCCGAACGGCGAAGUACGAACUAUCAAGUCGUUGAAAGUUUUUGGCGUGACGGCUGUUUGUAGCGUGAUGUCGUACGUAUGGUUGAUCGUUAUACUGAGGCUUCACACCGAGAAUGUGGUGGAUUUGUGGGAAGCUAUCUUCACUUUCCUGCUCUUCCCAAUUCUGGUGAUCAUUGCCUAUAUGGCGGACAAGGAGCUAGGGUGUUCCUCUGGCGGAGUCCGUCCUUCCCAGGAUAUCGGGAUGCUGGAAUUAGGUAAGAAUUAGAUGAAGUAUCGUUAAGCCCUUUGGGAAAAGUGGGUUUCAGUCAGCACACGCGUGAAAAUCUCGCAUCUUGUAGCAAAUCUGCCAACAAGCCGUCAACAAGUUGUGUUCACACUGCUUAUCCCAAGUUUGCAACAAGUUGUUAAGAACUUGAAACAACCUUGUUAAUAUUAUCAGACUGGUUGCAAGGUUGUUCCAACAAGUCCGAUACAGUCGUGAUAUGACAAUCUUGUUACAACCUGGUGUCGUCAACCAUGUAACGUUCUUGUUAUAUCAUGACUGUAUCAGACUUGUUAGAACAACCUUGUAACAUGUCUGAUAAUGCCAUCAAGCUUGUUCCAAGUUGUUAACAGCUUGUUCCAAACUUGUCACAACAACUGGGAACAGCAGUGCUAACACAAGUUGUCGACAGCUUGUGAACAGAUUUGCAACAAUUGUUUGCAGACAUGUAACAACUUGUACGUUUUUACGUGUGUAGCCUUCUAUGCCCCUUAUCGUACAAUCUUGAUUACGUAUUCUGAAUGCAAUUACCGGAAUGUUUUUCAGACGUAAAGUUGCACCUUCAAGAAAAUACCAUAAAUAUUUCUAUUGUCUGUUUCUGUUACAGCUGAAGGUUCUCAAAUCCUCACGCCUUCGACGAAUGAUCCAGAAAUCAAAUCGUUUAUCAAGGUCAGUUCUGAGGUUCAUAGUAAUUUAAAACACACAGAAAGGUGUGGCGAAAAACUAGGCGUUAAUCGAGUCUCUUUAACAUACUUGGAGGCGUUUAAAAUCAUUAUAAUAUACGAAUAAAACUUCCAAAAGAACUAGUUUUUAUAGAGAAUAGAGUUCAUUUACGUUGUGUCAAGACAAUGAUACGGUUUCCGUUUGUGUUUUGCUCAUGGGGGGUUCAGAAUAUUGAAAAAAGUAUUACCGAAUAUAUAGAAUAUAGAAAAGAGUAUUAUCUCAAGCAAAAGUUCCCAUUUUGUGCACAAACCAAAACAUAUUUUUUAUUUUAGGAAUUGAGUCAGAAUUCAAACUUUACUGAAGAGGAACAAGCGAAGCUCGUGGCGAUGCGUAUUCAAGCCAAACAACCAAAGAAUUAUGGCUACUACCGCGUCGGAGCAAUACGGGGGAUUGGGGGCGGCAAGAAAUUGACUCCAUCAAUGAAUACACAUUUGCACGAGGUGGGUAAUGUUCUUGCCUGCGCGAAUUUUAGCGACUUAAUGGGUUUCCUUGUUCACACUGCUUAUUCCCAGAUUGUUGACAAGUUCUCAACGGCUUGUUGACAACUUGCUACAAGGUUGUCGAGCUCAACAGACUUGUUACUAGUUGUUCCAGCAAUUUGUUAUCGUCUUGCAAUUCAACAAUUUGUCAACAAGUUGCGAGUGACAACCUUUUAGCAACUUGAUAAAAUAACAAUAUUGUUACAACUUGUUGACAAGCUUGCUACAAGCCUGUUGCCAACACAACUUGUUGACAAGUUGUGAGAUUUUUACGCGUGUUGACAACUUGCUACAAGGUUGCUGAGCUCAACAGACUUGCUACAAGUUGUUCCAACACCUUGCUAUCGUACUGCAAUUCAACAAUUUGUCAACAAGUUGCGAGUACUAACAAAUAUAUUUAUUUCGUUCAGGCCUAUGAUGAACUCAGUGAAGUUGGUUUCUCUUCUGAGGCUCUGUCCCAUAUUCAUUCAUCUGCUUCAGGUAAAUGGGGAAAAAAUUGCUGAAAUUGUUGCCAAUAUUUCCUCGUUUUUGCUUUCAUCGUGUGUUUUAACUGCGCUAAUUUCUCGCAUUUCUUUUUUCCACAGAACCUCCAAAAACGUUCGUUGAGUUCGCGUCGCCGAAAUAUGCAGUAUUGGAAAGUGCAAAGCUGGUGAAAGUCGCCAUUAUAAGGACUGGAAAUACUAAGAUACCAGCUGUUGUCAAGUAAGGCUUCGUUGUACACACGUAAAAACGUACAAGUUGUAACAAACCUGCAGCAGACUUGUAGCAAUGCUGUUCCAACAACUUGUCAACAGGAUGUGUUCGCCCUGCUUGUUCCCAGCUUGUUGACAAGUUGUCAACGGCUUGUUGAGAACUUGCUACAAGGUUGUUGAGCUCAACAGACUUCUUACAAGUCGUUCCAACAACUUGUUAUUGUCCUUCAAUUCAACAACUUGUCCACAAGUUGUGAGUGACAACCUUGUAGCCACUUGAGCAUGCCUGUUCGCGGGUUAUGUAGGCAUACUCUGGGAACGAGAUUGCAUUGUUACGACUUGUUGACAAGCUUGCUACAAGCCUGUUGCGAACACAUCUUGUUGACAAGUUGUGAGAUUUUUACUUGUGUAUUUGAAACAUAACCACAUUUCUCCGCGCUUAGUUUCGAGACGAUAGACGGCACGGCGUUGGCAGACUCUGACUACAUUGCCAAGAAGGACACGUUGGUAUUCAAACCCGACGAGACGUCAAAACACGUGACGAUUGAAAUCAUAGACGAUAACGAGUGGGAGGAAGAUGAAGUUUUCUUUGUGAAGUUGUCAUGUUAUGAUGCGUCCGAGACACAGGUUCAGAUUGGUCAUCAGAGUAUUACUGAAGUCACCAUUAUUAAUGAUGACGGUAGGUAGAAACUCGCAUCUAUAAGUUAUAAAUUGUCUCCCGCGGUCCAGUGAGAUCCAUUCCUUAGUGGUCAAUUGUUAUUACAAGAGGAAUCCUAGUACUGGAUAGCUCUGUCAGUUCUAAACUGUUCUCACUACGGAGUAUGAUGCAACGUAAUGGUAUAUACCAUGUAAAACAUGAGCAGCAGUGUUUUAUCAGCUAUAUAAAGAUACGAGAUGAAACUGAGUAUCUUUAGGUUUGAUAAAACACGCACUGCGAAUGUUUUAAAUUGCUUCAAAAACGAGAAAAUCAAAGUUAAAGUUUAUGUAAAUCAAGGGAAAUCUCUAUCACAUAUGUUUUCCUCAUGAAUUAUUGAGUUUUUGAAGUUAUGUUAUGUAAUCUAAUACUAUAUGUAUUGCAUAGUGUUAUAGUGUAAUGCAACCACUGAUCUAAUAGUUAGUAAAUACAACAACAUGACGUCUGUUUUACAGAACCUGGCGUAAUCAGUUUCCAGAAACCCAGCUACGUAGUCAAGGAAAGUAUUGGCAAAGCCAGUUUGGUGUUGGAGCGUACCAAAGGUACGGACGGUACCGUAAGUGUCACGUGGACAACCAAGGACCAAUCAGCAAUCAAUGGGAAAGACUAUGUUGGCGGUAAUGGAACAGUGACGUUUGAACAUGCUGAACAGAUCAAGACAGUUGAUAUUGACAUUAAUGAUGAUAAAGAGUUUGAAAAAGAUGAAUCGUUUGUGAUAGAAUUAAGAAAUCCCACUGGGGGUGCCACUUUAGGGCGUCUGCAGAAGACUAUUGUGACCAUAGUCAAUGAUGAUGGUAAGCGAUUGUUUGUUUGUUUAUUUGUUUGUAAGAUCCUGACCUAUCAUCUGCCUAUUUUUCAGAGUACAAAAGAGUAUUCGAUCGUGUUGUUGGUCUCACACAUCUCAAUUUGAACCGUAUGAAGCUCGGUUCAGAGACCUGGGGACAACAGUUCAGAAAUGCAAUGUCUGUCAAUGGAGGAGAUGUUGAGAAUGCAACGUCCAUGGAUUAUUUCAUGCAUUUUAUUACCUUCCCUUGGAAAGUAUGUUUUCUAACUUUUCUUUUCUUUGCUGUAUGGUAUUGUUAGUGAGAUAGCAUUGUUUCAGUCACUGGGUUUCUUGGAGUUGACAAAACUAUACCCAUGCGGGUUUGGUUGUACUGUGUUGUACUGUAGCAUACCACAGCACACCACACUACACCAUGUUACCAUACCACACCAUACCCUACUAUGAACUUUGCCAUAUCAUACCAUAUCAUACCAUAUCACUCCAUAACAUACCAUACCCUACCAUGAACGUUGCCAUAUCAUACCAUAUCACUCCAUACCAUACCAUACCAUGCCAUGCCAUAUCAUAUACCAUACCCUACCCUACCGUACCAUACCCUACCAUGAACUACCACCAUACCACAGCAUAUCAUGCCAUACCAUAUACCAUAAAAAUCAUUCCAUACCAUACCUUUCUUAGCCGAAUUCCCUAUGCAUUCCUUAUCGUGAGAAUCACAACCAUAGCACGGUGACUGGUGUGAUACUGUGAUCACAGAUAGUGGGAACCAACCUUUAUAUGGCGACAGCUGCGAUGAAAUGGCUGUUGCCAAACAUAGUAAACUUUUCAUUCUAGGUAAUAUUCGCACUAUGUCCUCCUUGUACGUGGCUUGGCGGCUGGCUAGCAUUCGGUGUUGCCUUGGGAAUGAUAGGUAUUCUCACUGCAGUAGUGGGCGAUCUCGCUACCAUAUUUGGUUGUCUGGUUGGCUUGAAGAAGGAGGUCACCGCCAUCACAUUCGUUGCUAUGGGAACCAGUUUACCAGAUCUGUUUGCAAGCAAGACUGCCGCGGUUGCUGAGAAGCAUGCUGACGCGUGUGUGGGAAAUGUAACUGGCAGUAACUCCGUGAAUGUGUUUCUUGGUUUGGGCACGCCGUGGGUGAUUGCUGCAGCUUAUUGGCAUGCCAAGGUACGGAUUUCGCUUUUUUAAACCGUGUUCACAUGACAGGCCUUUAUCUGACCUUGGCAGUUGUAUCAUUUCGCCUCAAUCUCAUGUGAAAAGAGUGCUUCCAAUUUGACUCUGCCAUACGCUGCAGGUGUUCUUGAGGUACUCUUGUAGUAAUGCUGAACUCACAAGGGAUGGCUCGUACUGGACUUCUAAGUCUCUAACACUGGAUCAAUAAGAGAUGAUCCUUACUGGACGUCUUAGUCUAAGAAGAACAGUUUAGAACUGAUCACAGUUAAUAGAAUGAGAGAACUGAUAGAGCUAUCCAGUGUAAAUAAAGUUAGUUUAGUUUAGGUUUCCUCCUCUAUAGCAAUACUGGAUCAAUGAUAGAUAAGCCUUACUGGACCCCUAGGAAGAACAAUUUAGAACUGUUAGAACUAUCCAGUAUAAAUAAAGUUAGUUUAGUUUAGGUUUCCUCCUGUAGUAAUACUGGAUCAUUAACAGAUAAUCCUUACUGGACCUCUAGGGAGAACAGUUUAGAACUGAUAGAGCUAUCCAGCAUAAAUGAAGUUAGUUUAUUACACUGGAGCAAUAAGGGAUGACCCAUUGUAGAACUGAUAGAGCUAUCUAGUAAAAAUAUUUUUUAAGUGAUAUGAAGUUCCUCCUAUAACAUAUCCACUCCUUAAAAGUUUUGAAUCCAUGCCUAACCUAACUUAACCAUUUCACAUGUUAAUUUCAGGACCAAGUUUUUGUGGUUGAAGCUGGUACAUUAACGAUCAGUGUAAUUGUCUACGCAGUAUGUGCGACCAUCUGUUUGACAUUCUUGAUGGUACGUCGUCGUCUUCCCGUGUUUGGUGAAGCUGAACUUGGUGGACCUGUGAAGUCCAAAUAUUUUACUGGAAUUUUCUUCAUUUCUCUCUGGUUUAUUUACAUUAUCGUAUCGUCCCUUGUCACGUAUGAAGUAUUGGACGUAACGAUUUAAAUAUUAGACCAACUAUUUUGUCUUAAUUGGGGGUUUUUGAGAUAAGUUGUCGGCUAAAAUUUGAUUAGAUGUCAGUAAAAUAUUUUGUAAGAUUUCAGUAGAAAUAUCGACAAAUAUCAAUAUUCGGCUCACAGACCCUAUUUUUUGAUGGAUACUAUGCAUGGUCGGAGAUUUCGGUCAGAACGUUAUGAAUAAGAUGAGUGUAAUGAAUGCCAAACCCUUUUGGGCUAUCAGCCAACAUUACCCAAUAUGUUGUAUAUCUAAUACUGUUUAUUGUUGUAAAUAUUAACUCUAAAUCGGUCUCUCAAGUAUUUUAAUUUGGGUGACAUUAGAUUAUUUUAAUAAUAUUUGUUUGAUAGAUAAAGGGUUAAGGAGAAAUGAAAGGUUGAAAUAAUGUUUUAAUUGUGUAUCGAUCUUGGUGCAAAUACAAAUUCUGGAUUAUUGUCUCAUUGUUUUGGUAUUAUUUUGUAUCGAAUGUUUGAGUGUUCAAAAUUAAGGAAGAGGCGUUUAUUUCAGAGCAAGUGCUUAUGAACUCGAUGGGGGGUUUCUAGGGAACAAAGUCAAAAAGAUCAAAGAGAACAAGAUUAAAAGAAGAUCAUGAAAUUGUUGUGGG